ACUUCACUCAAACUUAGAACUCUAUCCCACGACAAAAUUUUAUUGAAUUUUGAAUUUCUUCUCAGUAUUACUCUCGUUAACUUCAAAAUGGAAAAAUUUAGCAUUUCCUUGCUGCCAAUGCUACUCGUAUUUUUCAAUAACAUUCUUCAAAUGGCAGAAUCUGCUGCUGCACAAAACCCUAAAGCCGCAGAUUUCAUCAAGACCUCCUGCAGUGCCACUCGCUAUCCUGCGCUGUGUGUGGACUGUCUCGCCAGCUAUGCAAGUACAGUUCAACAAAACGAGCAGCAACUGGCUAAUGCCUCCUUGGAAGUCAGCUUAUCUCGAGCUCAAGCCGCCUCAAAUUUUGUUUACGGGCUAUCCAAACUUAAGGGCAUAAAACAAAGAGAAUACCUAGCAGUAAAAGACUGCAUACAGAACAUGGGAGACACAGUGGCUCAGCUUAGCCAGUCGUUGAAGGAGCUCGGUGGGAUGCGUACUCUAGCAGGCCAAAACUUUUUUUGGCAUGUUGGCAAUGUGAAGACAUGGGUUAGUGCUGCUUUAACUAAUGAAAACAUUUGUCUUGAUGGGUUCUCGAGUCCUGCCAUGGAUGGAAAUGUGAAGAUCUCAAUAAGGAGAAGAGUAUUGAAUUGUGCACAAGUCACUAGUAAUGCACUUGCCUUGGUUAACCGCUUUGCAGCAAGACAUAAAGCUGGUGGCUUACCUUGAGUACGUGUUUGAUAUAUAAUAUUAGAUCGUGCUGUACAAGAGAAGGGAUUUCAACUUCUUUUUUGUCUUUAAUCUUGUUUAGUGCAAUCUAGUUUAGUAAUCCUAAUAUUCCAAAACGUAGUUGGCUUGUGUGUGGACGUUAGUUGAAAAGCUGAAGUAUUUUGAAUGUAUCAUAACACCUACGUGAAACUUGACUUUCAUAAGUUUUUUA